UGGGCUCACACUCGGCUUGAAUCCCCAACUCCCUUCUUCAUGGCAUCGCUCCUGUGCUGUGGCCCCAAGGUGGCCGCGUGCAGCAUCGUCCUCAGCGCCUGGGGAGUGAUCAUGUUGAUAAUGCUCGGAAUAUUUUUCAAUGUGCACUCGGCUGUGUUGAUUGAGGAUGUUCCCUUCAAGGAGAAAGAUUUCACGAAUGGCCCUCAGAAUAUAUACAAGCCUUACGAGCAAGUCAGCUACAACUGUUUCAUCGCCCCUGGUCUUUACCUCCUCCGCGGAGGCUUCUCUUUCUGCCAAGUUCCACUCAAUAAGCGCAAGGAAUACGUGGUGCACUAA